AUGACAUGGCUGGGAUACGGAGAGGAGAUCAGACGGGGACGCGUUGAGAAGUACAGAGAGUAUGAUAGUGUUUGCACUCCAAUAGCAAGGGGUUAUUUUACUCAGACAACAGUUGGCAGCAAGGGAGAGGGGCUGACCUGCUUUUUGGAAAAUGAUGUGGAUUUUUUAUAUGUGAUGAACGAUGUCCUCUGUGUUGAAGCUGACAUCGAUCUUCAGACCAUACCAGAUAACUUUCAUCUGUUUAGGAUGGAUACACGUAUACAUCCUGGACACUGCAUACUGUUACAAGAGAGACCAAGUCAGAACUGUUUGGAUAUAAUCACCCGUUCGCUUUGUUGUAAUGCGCAUGGGGAUAUUCUAUUAAGUAGUGUUUUAUGGAAAGACAAUGUGGCACAAGCAUUUUCGUAUUCGCCAAAAUCGGUGCAGCAACAAAUCACGGGGCCGUCAAUACCGGAUACGCAUAUAGGGAUUUUGCAUGUGGACAAAGUAUUUGGAUUACACUGUCGUUGUCCCAGUAUUCUAAAAGAAUGGGCAGCUAGACCCCGUUGUUGGCCACAACCAGUCGUUGUUCAGAAAGUCGUGUCGUUAGGAGCCUAUGCAACACCGGUAGGGGUUAAGGGAAGUGAAUUAAAUUACGUGGAAUGGAGGAUUUGUUUUAAUACCGGUGAGGCAGAACUUGUUAACAACCUGAAUGACACACAAGUGAAAGUGUAUGUUUUGCUUAAAAUGAUCCUUAAAGAAAUGAUUAAACCUACUAAUAAAGAAAUAGCAUCAUACGUGUUGAAAAACAUUGUAUUAUGGCAGGCUGAAAACACUCCACAGACAAACGUUCAUGCACGCAACUUAUGUCACUGGCUGCAUGACGGACUGAGAGAGCUUAGAACUGUUAUUGAGAAAAAAUCACUCCGCUAUUACAUGAUUCCGGAGAGAAAUCUUAUGGCCAACUGUGGUUUGGAUGUUGCGCAGCAGAGAAAAUGGGUAGCAGAUAUCACGGACAUGCUGGAGGAGGGUCCCAGGGUAAUAUUGAGACUUGUUAAGAUACGAAGGGCCAUUAUCGCGUCCCCACAGCAGAUGCUGCGGUUCAGCGAGACAAGGAUGUGGCUGGACUUUUUGCAGCUUGAGUCGUUAAUUAGAAUGAAACAAUGUGAUAAUGAGAAAUUGCGAAGGGACUCGGAUUACAUCCUGAAUGCGAUAAAGAGACGUCGGAAUGACAUUUUGAUAGACGUGGCACUACGAAUGUACCAGGAGGGCAGCAGUUUAUCAAAGGAUUUGUAUGUCAGAAUUAUACAAUAA